AUGAAGCCAAACGAACUCUUCUACUCCAAGAUCAUCCCUCUCCUCAAGAAGGAGGGCAUGUCGGAGCAGAGCCCACGCAAGGACUGGCCACACAACGUCCAGCUGAGGGUCCUCAAGGAACUCAUGCAUGAAACUCCCUCAGACCUUCUGGCCAAGGAGCUUUGGUGCGCGUCGACAUGCGCCUCCGAGUGGUGGUGCAACACCCAGACCUACAACCGCUCCACUGCCGUCAUGUGCAUGAUUGGUUACAUCAUCGGGCUGGGUGACCGUCACCUUGACAACCUGCUGGUCGAGUUCGCAACUGGACAGGUGGUACACGUGGACUACAACGUGUGUUUCGAGAAGGGCAAGAGCCUGCGUGUGCCAGAGAGGGUCCCCUUCAGAAUGACGCAGAACAUCUCUGCAGCUCUCGGGUUUACUGGAGUUGAGGGCCUGUUUCGCAUAUCGUGCGAGGACAUACUCAAAAUCUUGCGGAGAGGGAGAGAGACGCUGCUCACCCUCCUGGAGGCCUUCGUCUACGACCCUCUCAUUGACUGGACUCAGAGCGAAGAUGCUGCCUUCCCACUAGCCAUUCGAGCCACCACAGACACGACAGGGAGGCUGUCACGAAAGGACAUGGAGCGCGAGGUGGCAUCAGGGAUGCUGGUCACCAGACUGGCAGAGUCUGGCACCCACUGGCAGAGAAACAGGGAGAGCUUGUGUUCGGUUCUGCUGGCUCUGGAGCACCAUCUUCAGGAGAUAGCCACCACCGGAGAGAGACUCAUCACUCUCAACGAGCUCAUCGUGAAGACAGACAAACAGAUGGACAUUUUCAAGGACGCCAUUUCGACUCCCGACCAUCCGCUCAUCAGCAUGCAAGACAAGUUGUCAGAGCAGAACAAGCUGGCAGCAGACCAGAAGAGACUGGUGGCUGAGGUCAGAGAUAAGCUACAGGAGUAUCACGACUGGAACAUCAAGUACAAUGAGGCGUUCACGGCCAUUCACGGUGCAGAACUUGGCACUCUCAUCACACACGUGCAGCAGAAACCGCUCAGUCUAGGCUUACCAGCCCACGAUCCUGCAGUAGAAUUCCUGGAGUCCAUCAGCCACACCCAGAACAUAGAGACCUGCGACCUGCUGGAGGAGGAACUUCUGGCCAUGCUGCAGAAGAGACGGCAGAUCCUCCACAAUGCCCUUGAGGCCCUGCACCAAUACCGCAACAUCACCGCUCAGUUCCAUGCAGACUACCUGACGCAGUCUCGAAGCUUCCUGUGGGAAAGUUGUCUGGGGCCUCUCCUUGAUGGACCCAUCACUAGAGCCAGUCUGAUGAAAGCUGCAGAGGACUUUGACAAUCAGCUGAAUGCCGGGGGACGCUCUGCUCAGCUGGUGAAGGCCGUGGACAGUCGACUGCGGAAACAGACUCAAGAGCUGCACGUUCGCUGCAACAAGCUCAUGGAGCGCUCCAAGAUGCUGUCUUCGGUCGAAGUCAGUAAACUAGAGGCCGGCGUCAACGAUGCAAGCAGAAGUCUCCACCAGUUCUGUAUCGACAACCCUGAAGAGGGUCCUCCAUCCCUGGCCUGCUUCAUCAUUGCUGCACUCUGCCCCCUCUCUCGUCGCUGGCUUUUCAUGGAGCAGACUGCUCAAGCUGCUCGCGAGCGACUGAGCGACCUCACGUCUCGAGACGGGGACUGGUUCCUGGACGAGCUCUGCACGAUGAGCGGCAACGUCUCUCAGAUGAACGGACUGCUUCAGAUGUGCAUCCGAGCCAUGGGGCAUGACCUACACUCUAGCUCAGUCUUUGCGUGUGCAGUGGAGGCAGUCAAGGCCGUGCACCGCGUCUACAUGAGCAUGCAAGAGCUGUUCAACCAGUUCCAGAGCUCCGUCCUCCCAGAGGCCAUCAACAACGUGCUCAUGGAGGACGAGGGGAUGCUGGAUGUCUUGGACGAGCUCUCCUCCUUCAGACUCAGCUCCUACCCCGACCUCCCUCUCCUGGAUGCCCUGUCUCGACUGGGGGAGGACCUCCUCCAGGCUGCCUUGAAGAGGCAGCAAGCUGACCUGAUGGUGACUGCCGCAGUAGAGGAAAUGAGAAACAAGCUCUCUUCUCUGUUGGACGAAGGGGAGGAGAACCCGGCCAAAGCGAACCUCAACAAGUUCCUCGGUCUCCUCCACAAGUGCGAGGCCAGCACCCUGGCAAUGUUGGAGACCGUGGACGCCAUCGACGUCCCACAGACCUGGGGAAUUGUCGACAUCAUCAAACAGACCAUCUCUCUCAUGUGUAACACGGCUGGCCUCUCACUGACCGAUGAGCUGCUGUCUGUCCACAAGGCACAGGCCAUUGUGGAGUUCUGUGUCGAGUGCAAGAAACUACUCAAAUCCUUCAAACUGGAGCUGAACAACCCAGAAGAGCACCCGGCAGGUCUCCAGCAGCAGACUCCACCGGGAACCCCCGGCAGAAAGUCCCUCCUCAUCCCGGUCCCCUCGGAGCAGUCCCUGUGUCUCCCCGUCCGUCGCUACAUCUCCGAGAGCCUCAUCUGUCACGUCCUCGGCCAGCCCUCGUACUCCCUGGCCUCCCUCCUGGUCUCCACCAUGAAGGAGUACCUGGGAGGGAAUCUUCCACCCAAUCCCGUCGCCCCGAUCCCCGUAGAAGACCUCUGCAAAGUGGUGAAUGACUACUACCAGCAGGAGCUGUCGAUGGCCACCAUCCAACACGCCCGCGGCCUCUUCUCCCACUACGACGUGGCCUGGAGAGAGUGCGACAGGACCAACAGACUCCAGACCAACCUCAAGAACGCAAAGCAGAGCCUGCAUCGGACCAGGGGCCUCACCACUCGCUUCCAGUGGCUCCACGAGGAGAGUCUGAUAUCACCUGACUCCCACUACCCCUGGGUUGGACCUCAGAGAUCUGUCCUACUCACCACCAUCAAAAAGGUGUUAUCGGAGCAGAUGGCAACGUCUCUGACGGGCGUCCUGGACCGCAUCAACAGCCAGUGGUUCCGCAUCUCUCAGAGACUCCAGUGGGCCGCUGGCUCCACCUCGUCCCUCAACUCCACCAUCGACGAGUUUGAGAGAGCCAUGAACCGGCGCAAGAUGAUCCUUCAAACGGAAGAGGACCUGUAUCUAAAGAUAUACGAGUACAGCGAGGCAGUGAUACACUUGGAGUCCUCCCACACGCGCAUCCCAGCCCAGACCACCUCCGACAGGGAGAUGACACAACUCCUGAACAGAUGUGCAGAUGUGAGUGUGAAGCUCCAGUUGUGUAUGGACCAGUUGUCUCAGGUUUCCGACAUUCUUCCACUCGUUGAGCUACCGGAGGAUGGAGGACCGCUGACAGUGGAGUGGAUGCAGGGGAAGCUGGACCACCUCCAGCUGGAGAGAGGACGGAUCAUGGUAGACAAGAAGGCCAACAACACCAAACUGGCCAAGAAGAAAGAGUCGGUUCUCUCCGAGCUGGAGAAACUGAGGACACUCAACAGGGGUCACCGCAAGCUCAUGGUCGAGAUUUGGUCUCACCUCACCACACUAGCAAGACUGGAAGAGGCACCACCGCCAGGCCAGGCAGUCCCUGGACCUCGUGCCUUCAUCAACCUCCAGAACAAGUUUGGAGAAGAAACCAAGACCUUUAUACAAGCCACCCAGGAACUCAUUGCCUCUGACAUGUCUCUGACUGGCAAGUCCACGUGGACCAGUCCGUCAAGAGCUGAGGAAUUCAUACACAUGAAGGAGGCCUCUGGCAACCACCGCAUGCUGGCUGAGAGUCUCCUGGGCCAACUGCUGUCGUUCACGGACCAGCUGUUUCAGGGCCAGUCGUGUGCCAACCUCAAGUGGAACUCUCCACCAACCAUCGACAAUAUCAUCCCCAAGAGCCACUCAUUGAUCAGCAUCACCAGCCAGGGCCCCGUGGCCGCUGAGCCUCCCGAACAGCAGUCCAAGAUCUAUCGUUCGAGUCAGGGUAUUGUGCGGGACAAGCGGACGGGGAAGGCCCUGCAGGAGCAGAACUCCUACGCCGUGGGAGUGUGGCGCAGAGUGAAGGCCAAGCUGGACGGGAGGGAUCCAGACCCCGGCUACAGAAUGACCGUCGCCGAGCAGGUGAAGUUUGUGAUUGAUGAGGCGGUGGGUCUUGACAAUCUGUGCCAGCUCUACGAGGGCUGGACGCCAUGGGUGUGAGGUGGUAUAUAGGACCACCAGGAGUAACUUGUGCAGUUCCUCAACGAUACAAUAGACUAUAGAAAGCUCAACAUAGAAAAAAAAACGCUCUCUAUUUAGGCUACUCUACAUCACCACUUGUGUGGGAGGUGUUUGAAAGCUACCAGAACUCUGAAAGCCAAUUUACACACUUUCUUCCAUGAGGCAAGAGAUAGACUUUUGCUAGUGGAAACUUCCGGAACGAUUGUAGUUGUUUGUAGGAAACAAUACUGACCAAGCCAGGAGGCUGGCUAACCGCUCCCACCAUCUUUGACUGUGUAAACUGGUAGCAACCUCUACACAGUAGUCUACAAUUAUAGAGCAUUUUAUGAGCUUUCACACACACAUGCUGACUUUACUUGUAUGCUAAUAAUUAUACAUGCUGAUUUUGUAACCAUUUUGCGCUAUAAUUGUCAACAAUUAAUAUUGUGUAUAUAGCAUCUCACGUUAGCCUUUACUUGUGCACAUAGGACAAACUGAUCACAUUUAAUGGACAUAUAAUUAUAGUGAUGCGAAUUGUAAAACUAAUACAUAGGAGAGAAGAAGAAAAGAUAAUUGACAGAGGGUAACAAUGAUAUAAUAUAUCACCUAAGUCGUCCGUCCUGAUUCACGUCUCCCAAUUCCGAUUUUGGGUCUGGAGAAAAUGUACUCCACUCCAUGUGUGCACAGUCCCUAAUGAAACUACAGCCGUCUCUGUCGGCGUCUGUCCUGCACAGGCCCUCCAUCUUCCAAAAGUCGGCGACUAACUUGUCGAGCCAUUCCUCCAGGCUCUCGCCCGUCUUGAGCACGUUUUCUUUCCACUCUAAGAAAUCUUGCGUCUCGGAAACGGGCGACUGCGGGGAGCUACUCGUCCGUGCUGCGUUGACAGACGGCGGGUUUCCCAACGGCUUCAUUCGCUCGUGGGUUAGAGGCACGACGAGAAACUGUGUCUCCAUUACCGCAGUACCGUCUACUAGCUCCAGUCUGGCGCUCCAGACGCCGGGGCGAAUCGGUCGAUCGAACUUGAGUUUGUGAAAAGUCACGAACCAACCAGAUUCGACUUUGACGUUCUGAGUCUUGACUCGAGACCCGGUUGGGUCGUCCCAAACAAUAUUGAGCUGCCCGACCUUACCUGGGUUGAGACGGAUUGCGACCACGGGGUCGUCCCAGGCUCCCAGAAUACCGCCGUAGUUUCUGAAUAUGCUCUCCUUCCCAUCCCAGUCUGAACCGACCUCGAAACUGUACACUCUAUUUGCCACCUCGUCAUUUGGUGAGUACUUCUGCAGGUAGCUGAGUGGAGUGAAGAGGAUCUCAAACUCGGCCGGCGAGAGACGAUCGGACAUGGCGUCUCUCAGGGUCACCACGAGCCCCUUGAAUGAAUCGCUCACCAUCAGAACACUCACUUCCUUUACCACCGCUUGCCGAGGCACCUCGCACACACCAUCAACAACGCCACCCAGUGUCUUUGAGUCCGAGUAAAGCUUUGCCAGCGCCAGUCGGAGGAGCGACUGGUAGGUACUGAACCUGGCAUUGUAAGGAAAGUUGACGUCGUCUUCCACGUGGAAUACGUUCUCCCAGAAUGACUCGACGGCUGGAGUGCCUUCGGGAGAGGCUCCGUAGAGGUAGAGGUCCAGCUUGUUGAUGACGUCCUGGCUCACUAUUGCCUCAAACUUUCUCGCAAAGAAGUUGUGAUCUCCGGGAGACUGAAGUCUUCCGAUGUCUUUGGUAAGGAAGUCGUUUGGGGAGCAGCCGCACCAGUCCACGACGUGCUUGUACUGACAGCGACAGCCCAGCUUCCUGUUCCAGUUGGUGAUGCGGAGGUUGGUCUUGACAAACCUGUGGCACAUCGGUCCGUUACGCAGCACCGUGUGGAAGAACGACUCGGCAGGCAAGAGAGAGAACUCGUAGUAUCUCUUGAUCCCGGUGAGAAAGUCUGAUUGAUCGGUGACCAGGUAGCGAGAGUAGUUGCGGUGUAUUGCGAUCCAGUCGCUCCCACCGUCCACCGUGAUGUCUCCCGGCAGUCUCCGGUUGUCCACUCGCCACAUGUGAUUGUCACACUCCACAAAUGUACGGUCCAGUCCCUGCUUCUGUAUGAACUUGUUUAUGUCGGCUCCGUGAGUCUUGACAAAGUUGUCCCCAUUGUGUGCCUUCAGAAAUCUCGCCAGGUCACCAUUGGCCCUGAGAGGGUAGUCUGACUCGCUGAGAUUGAUGAAGUAAUCCCACCGCCAGCCGGUGAGGAUGUAUUCGAGGUCCUCCAGAGCUCUCAGUAGCAUCUGUAGCAAUGAGGCUCCGCCCCAUAUGGUGGCGAUCCUCCACGUCGGGAAAUAGACGUUUGGAAAAUCUGAGAAAGUCUCGUAGAGAUUCCGGUGCAAGUAGUCUGACCUUGAAUCAACGUGAAUGAAGAAGUAGUGGUCUUUGUGAUAGAUUGCCUUAAACAGUCUUUUCACCUGGCGAAACGCCCUCCCGUGCAGCGACAACAGAAACACAAUUCUUGCACCACCCGAGACAUCAUUCAGCGAUUUUGCCAUGAAAUUUCUCCCCGAGUCUUUCACCCAACACUCCCUCUUUAUGUUUGUGUCGUAGAGGAGACCGGCCAUCUGCAUGCACGUCACGUUGUGCAGCAGUUCCUUGCAUUCGUCGCUCGAGGCACGAGAAAUGGCCGACAGAGCGUCUUUCUUUUCGUCGACGUUGCAGUUGUGGUGCUCGGCGGGUACGGGAAACGGUUUCACGUUUUCAAACUUUGCUUUGUUUUGUUGCGAGAGAGACGUGCUUGUUUCAGAUGUGGCUGUGGUGGUGGUGAGUUUGCCGCCGUCUUGCCAAACUGCGUCCGGGACAUUGGCAGCACCGUUUCUCCUCUGUAAGUCAGGUGAGACGUGCGUGUUGUUCUGUAGCUGCUGCAUGUGUCUGACUACGCGAUCGCGAUGACCGUCCCUUACUUGUCCGCCGGCGUCGUCCUUCUCCUCGUACUGGUUCACAUGCGGUUGAGGUGGUCUGUUGUGGUCCACUGGUGGCAGUUUGUUGUGCAGGGAGGGCGAGUGUGGGGUGGCCUGCUCCUCCAGAAAGACGUCUCUGCCGGCGCUCUGCUGACUGCUCAACUGACUGACCGCCAGCAUCUGCAGCAACAGCACCACGCAGCCGAGUCCGACAAUGAACGCUAUACGAACACCGAACACUCUGAACCGCAUCUUCCCGACCGUGUGCUGCGGACCAUACAACACCCAGUGAACAGAGCUGGCCGCCUCGGGGCUGAGGAAAAGGAGGAGCUAAAAACGA